CCAAAAAUAAUAAUACAUGGUCGUGUUCCUUUCCCCGUGCUACUGACCACUACUACUGCUACAACACCUCCCUCGAUCAACCAUUCAAUCUACUCCCUUGCUGUUCUAUACCCCCAAUUGAAAGCUUUGAGAGCUUAUAAUUUGUUCAUCCUAUCCUCUUCUUUCCCUAUACCCCCAGAUACUCGUCAAGAUGGCUGUCGCAACUGCCGUCUACCCCCCGCUGGAUCAGCGUCCUAUCAAGAACACAAUUGUCCUCUUCGACGUCGACGAGACUCUUACACCCGCCCGCCGACAUGCCACCCCCGAGAUGCUUCAGCUCCUCUCUGAGCUCCGUCACAAGGUCGCCAUCGGCUACGUUGGUGGCUCCGACUUCUCCAAGCAGCAAGAGCAGCUGGGCUCCUCCGACGUGAACGUCACCUCGCUCUUCGACUUCUGCUUCGCAGAGAACGGUCUUACCGCCUACCGCCUGGGCGAGCCCUUGAAGGGCAACAGCUUCAUCGAGUGGAUCGGCGAGGAGAAGUACAAGGAGCUCGUCAAGUUCAUCCUCCACUACAUCGCCGACAUCGACCUUCCCUUCAAGCGCGGCACCUUCGUCGAGUUCCGCAACGGCAUGAUCAACGUGUCCCCCGUCGGCCGUAACGCCACGAACGCCGAGCGCGCCGCCUUCGAAGCCUACGACAAGCAGCACAACAUCCGCACGACCUUCGUGUCCGCCCUCAGGGAGAAGUUCCCUGACUUCGGCCUCACCUACUCCAUCGGAGGCAUGAUCUCCUUCGACGUCUUCCCCACCGGCUGGGACAAGACCUACUGCCUGCGACACGUCGAGGCCGAGAAGGCGCGCGAGGGCGGCGUCGAGUACACGACUGUGCAUUUCUUCGGCGACAAGGCGUACGAGGGCGGCAACGACUGGGAGAUUUACAGCGACGACAGGACGAUCGGACAUAAGGUCGACGGGCCCGAGGAUACGAUUAAGCAGCUUAAGGAGCUUUUCUUCUAGCUCGGACGGCCGAGGGAAGUGAGGAUGUAAGGCAUAUAUGGCAUGGCAUAGAGAUCAUCGAUGGGAUUUGCAUGGCGGGCGGGCGAUGGAUGCAUACUUUGAGCUCUUUUUUUGACGAUUCUUGAACAGAAUGCUGCUGCCAUCAUGAUAUGAAAAAUGAAAUAUACACGCUGGAUUCGAGUCCUACAUACAU